AUGGCAAGGACAAAGAGCAAGGCUUCUGCCGAAAGACAUACCAAGCGAACUCUGGAAAGAAUGCAGAUGGCUCGGUGUCUCAUGGCUUGCCUUCAGAUCAUAGAGUUGCCAUCCAAUCAGUGCGGAUUUGUGAAGGGUACCGGUACUAUUGACGCCAUCCGUACUGUACGGAUAGUGAUGGAGAAGCAUAGAGAAAAACGAAGAGAGCUGCAUGCGGCUUUCCUUGAUAUAAGAAAGCUUUCGACAAGGGCUCCCAAUGUCAGGUGGGUACUGCGAAAGCACAUGGUUCCAGAAGUAUACAUCCAAUGGAUAAAAGUGAUCUAUCACGGAGCCAGGAGCCAUGUGCACGGACAGUCAAAGCCAUUCCGCAUAAAGACAGGCGUGCAUCAGGAGUGCUCUUUUCUGUAUUCUUCAUCACAGUAA